GACGGCUACUACCGCACGUUCUUCCGCGAGGAGUGCCAGCUCGGGCGCGGCGCGUUCGGGCAGGUGUUUUUGUGUCACCACUUCCUCGAGCGCAUAAAGCUCGGCACGUUUGCGGUGAAGAAAAUUCCCGUCGGCGACAGCCUCGAGAACUUGCAGGCGAUGAUUCGCGAGGUGAAGAUGCGCGAGUCGCUCAGCCACCAGAACAUCGUCUCGUACAAGCACAGCUGGCUCGAGCUGCUGCAGGGCGCCGCGCUCGAGUCGGUGCCGGUGCCCUGGCUGUUCGUGCUGAUGGAGUACUGCGCGGGCGGCAGCGUGGAAGAGGUGCUGCGCAACACCUACGAAGUCGAGCAGUCGAGCCUCACGGACUCGGAGGUGUGGCUGAUUUUCCACGACAUCAUCAGCGGACUGCAACACUUGCACCACAAGGGCAUCGUGCACCGCGACCUGAAGCCCUCGAACAUCGUGCUGAAGCACGCGCAGGUCUACGCGUGUCUCGCGGACUUCGGCACUUCGGACUACAUUUCGAGCAGCCGCUCGGGGCUCGGCUACACGGGCUCGCUCGAGUACACCGCGCCGGAGCUGCUGCGCGCAGACGCCUCCGGGCGCUUUGUCGAGCGCUACCGCUUCGAGAACGACAUGUUCAGUUGCGGGCUCAUCUUGCAUGCGCUCGCGUUCGGGCAGCUGCCCUUCGAACCCAAGAUCGUAAUCGUCGGCGCCGGCGGCAUGGUGGGCGCCUCGACCACCUUCAGCAUCGCGUUGAAGCGCAUACCGUGCGACAUCGUGAUGGUCGACGUCGCCGAGAAGUUGGUCCAGGGCCAGUGCGCGGACAUCCAAGACGCGCUGACUGACACCGUCGCCACGGUGCGCGUGGGCACGUUCAGCGACAUCGCUGACGCGACGUUGAUGAUCGUGACCGCGGGCCUGAAGCAGCAGCCCGGCGAGCCGCGCUCUGCGCUGCUGCGCAGAAACCUGAAGGUGCUAAAGAGCAUCUGCUCGCACGUCGACAAGGAGCGCUCGCCACAGCUGUGCAUCAUGAUGGUCUCGAACCCGGUGGACGUGCUCACGUACGCGGCGCAGAAAUUCACUGGGCUGCCGCGCGCGCAGGUGUUCGGCUCCGGCACCGUGCUCGACACGCGGCGCCUGCGAGGGUUCGUCGCGAAGCGGCUCGACGUGGACCAGCGCCACUGCCACGUGAACGUGGUUGGCGAGCACGGCGACAAGCAGGUGGCGGUGUGGUCUUCCUCCACGAUCUGUGGCGAGAGCAUCGAAAAGUUCUGCGCCGCGCGCGGCAUUUGCGCGAAACAGCUCGCAGAGGAGACGAUGAAGCGCGCGUAUGAAAUCAUCGAAAACAAGGGCGCGACCUACUUCGCGAUCGGCGCGACCGUCGCGGACGUGUUGCACAACUUGCUGUACGCCAAGGCGUCGAUCCAG